GUCGCGAAUAGAACACAGCACACCUGUGUAUACCAAGCGAAAGUUCGCCGAUGGUAACGCCUAACGAGCAAAAUGGAAGUAAUGGAAGAUGGAAAUUUAAUAGACAAAGUCAAUAUUCUCAUACAAAGGGACAUGGAAUAUUACAAUAGCAAGCAAGCCAUUUUACAAGAAACAAUCUGCCCGGGCGUGAUCGGAGGUAAAUUAGACUUCCCUCGCUCGGCUUCCUUCGCAUCCAUGAAAUUGGUGAUGUGGCUGGAAGAAGAAUUCUUGGCUGCACAUAAAUCAUCCUCCGGCUUCCUUCCGAAGGACGAUGAAAAAUCUAACAAACAAUCCGAUGACAACGAUGAAGGCAUCAUCAAAGACUCCUAUCCAUCCAAAUUCGUGUCUCUAACAGCAAAAACAGCCGACCAAUUCCUAGUCCAUCUCAAUGUGCUCACCCAGGAAGCGCUAGAUCACGCCGAUUUGAGCGUGCUCACCGGCACCAUCGGCGCCGCAGCUCUCCUGAAAAACUCCCUCUGGUUCUACGUGAAAAUAAUGAAGGAAAACCGCGACGUCAACUUGGACGAUUUGCAGAACAGCUACAAAAAGUACCAAGAAAUGUGCGAAGCACUAGCCGAACGGCUGCUGGACCUUCAUUGCCGGUUGGUCUCCCUCUACAUCCUGCAGGACGCCGAGUGUUUGCACUGGGAGAGCGACCGGCCCUUCUUCGAGUCCGAAAGGGGCUCUUACGUCAUCCAAAUGUGGUGGUUGUACAUGAAAGGUACUAAAGAGGACCUUUGGAAUACGGUACCGCCGAAGAUGGCUCAAAGAGUAUUCGCUGGAAUGCUAAACGAAUCGUUAACUAUUCUAACAGUUCGUUACACGCAGAGCGUACCAUCGGAGACCAGGAGCCGAUUAAUUGUCGUUGACAUCAGUAAUCUGCUAGUUUGCGUAGCCGAACUACUGCCGGCCAUUUGCGACAACGCCAAGGAAUUAAUCGGCUUCUCGUACAGCAACAGCAGCAAAAUAUUGAGGGACAUUCACACCAAAUGCCAGGAAUUGUUGACCUGCUUGCUAUUAAGAGGAUCUCCAAUCGACGUCCUUUAUAAAGUGUUCAGGAAAGGUCUAGACAACGUGGAAAUGUUCAAAUCCAGAGCGUCGGGAGUGGCCCCUUGGAUCGUGUUCGCGUUGCCCAACGUGUUUUGCGCCGACUCCAAGCGAAUCGUCAAAACGAGCGAAUUGAAUCCGCAGAUAAUGGUCGCUUUGGAGUUGAUCGUGUUGCUGGCCCAACCGCAACCUAAUUGGGCGCUAUUACUGCAGGUUUUAUGCAUGGAUAAAUUCAAGGUGCUUCGGUUAAUCUUGGAGAGCUCUCCGAAGAACGUCGAUGUUAGAAUGCAGAAACCGCAGAUGAAGAAUAAGAAGUGUGAUGCUUUUUUGUGCUACGGGGACGGUACUUGUCAAAGCGACAACGCUUCAGCGACAGUACUUGAAGUAGCUCAUUACUACGAAUUAAUAUUGGCAUCUACUGAAGUAUUGCUAUACGUUGGAAGGAGCAGCGAUUUGGUCGAAAUUUUACAGCCCGUUGUAACAGAAAAGGCGGAUUGGGCACAUUGUUUGGAAAGGCGACAUGUUUGGAACCAAAUACGCGAGCCAUGGUACGAAGCCAUACUGAACUUCACAGCCCCCAUAAUUCCAAUAGCCGCUGAUACGGUAAUUAACGCCAGUCAAACUGGAGCAAGUAUGUACCAAGCCAUGUCGCUGGUGGUAGCGUGUUUCAGCCAUUUUUGGGACUAUAUUCAUCCGGCUCUUUACAAAACCUCCAACAUGCUGCAGGAAAUCCUGCCCACUGACACCGUUCCCCUCGGCAAUUCCGCGCUACUGCAGAUCCUCGUCUGCGCCCUCUACAGCCACUUGCUGAGGACAUCGCAAGCUGUCAAGAAGCGGUUUAGAAUAGACGAAUCUGCUGGAGGAAGGCAAAGCCAAUCGUCUGGUAGUACUGAAGAAUCCUGCGCGAGUUCACCAGAAGCUAUAGCUUUAGCGGUGGCCGAGUCGUUGUGCAGCAUCGACGAGGAUAACAAGCAUACGGAUCAAAUCGAGGAAUUCUUGGAGCAAGUUAAAGAGAAUUACAAGGAAGCUGAUGGUGAACAAUGCUUGUCCAAGCGGCUGGAGGCCAACCAGCAUUUCGCUGAGGUUGCGGUUAGCGAUAUUUUAGAGACGAACAGUGGAAAGAAAAAUUUGAAGGUUCUAUAUUGGUUCAUAAAGUGUAACGCGGAAUAUUUCUAUCAACAACUAGGCAUAAGCACCGAAGAGGACGUUAUAAAGCCUGAUAGAGCGGCUAUAAAACCUUUGUCUUUGCUUCACACUAUGUUUAAUAUUGGUUAUCGACCUUUUGAUGAGCUGUUAUCGGGUAAAUGGCGACCUAAUUGGUUGGAGUUGCUCCAAAACCCCAUGGGUUUGAAUGCGGAGAGAGUGUGGAAGCAACUUUCGUUAAGAUGGGAAUUUAGAAAUGUCAAUUCCUCGACUCUAUCGACUCAGUCUGCAAACAUGAUUGCCAGGAUUAUGAAUGUACUGAAGCAGUGAACAUAAAAUUGAAAUCUUUAGAACCUUAGAAAUUUUUCUAUUGAAAGAAUAAUCACAGAAAAAUAGUAAUUAGCUACAUACAAACUCGUUUAACACUACAUAUAAUAGUGAAAUUUUCUCAGUCGUUCUUUCUCUUGUUCUUCCUUUUGUCUUUUCGCGUACAACACAACCUUUUGCAGAUCAAAUAAAGGAAAGUUAUAGGUAACAAUACAAAGAUAACUAUAACAUCUACUAGAAAAUAUUUGUACCAAGGUAAAUCCAACCCAGCAACUCUUAAAUGAGGAGCUCCUCUAUGUCUAGCUACAUAUUCAGUCCAAUAAACCAUUGUGUCUAUAGGUUUCAUUGGUCUGUCGUGGAAAAGGACGGAUCUCCUU